AUGCCUUUGCAUCCUGCACCAUCGGCAGAAUCGAUUGGAGGAAAGGGACAUAGGCGCAGGAGGCCCAAUAACUUAGAAAGGCUUGGAUCAAAAUCGGGAAGCUCGGGGUCGAGGGAUAUGUUGCACAGGUGGAAACAGUCGACGAGCGCAAUUAGCAGCGAGAGCAUCAAUAGCGAAGGGGAAAAACGGAGGAUGAUAAAAGGAAAAGAGAGCAGGUGGGCGAAGAUGUGGAGAGGGGAAGAAUGGGAUCAAUUAUGGAAAGGAGAGAAAGAAAAGGUGCAGAAUAAAUUGGAAAGUAUAGAAAACAGGCAGAGAGAGAAUAAGGAGGUUAGGAAAAGGGACAUAAAACUGCUAGAAGAAAGAGUGAGCAAAUUAGAACUAAGGAAUGAGUUUAAGGUGGGAGAGAAAGGAAGUAUGGAAGAAGUGAACGAGUGUGAGAUGCUCAAGCACGAGCAGAAUGAAAGUUGGCGCUUGAGACUGGUGGAGGUUGAAAGAAGAAUGGAAGGGGAAGAGAGAGAGAGAGAGAAAAGGAAGAAGAACAUAAUAGUGAAGGGUUUGAAAGGGGACAGUGAAAAGGUAGAGGAAGAAAUUAGGAAGGUUAUGAGAGACAUCGGCGCGCAAGCCAGAGUGGAAGUGAUAAGAAGACUAGAAAGGAAUGAAGAGGGCAAAGAAUGUUACACGGAUCUUACGGACUACGAAUACGACGGAGUUUUGCAAAAUCUGUACUGCGGAAUUUGCACGCAGCAAAUACUCAAUGUGCAUGAAGCGUAUAAUCAUAACUGCUUCCAAAAUAUUGACAUAGCAAAUUUUCCCAUUAGGGGCAAUGGUGUUACCCUGAGUGAACCAUGUGAGAAGAAUUUUCAGCAAGAAAAUGAUAUAGAAUAUUUGGACAAAUACCAGGAGGACUGUUUUCAGAAGGCCCGAAUAGCGUUUCUUCAGGGAGAAAGAAAAGGACAAGAAAACUUAAAAAAUGACCUUGUAAGGCGAAUAAAAAUGCUGGAAUAUGCUUUAAAGCAAGAAAGAGCAAAGUACCACAAAUUGAAGUUUGGAACUGAUUUAAUAAUUCAAGAUGGAAAACCACCUGGUUGUGAAGAAAGUACUUGUACCGGCUCAGAAGGAGGAGCUGGCGAUGCAGAAGUGUCAUUUACGUCGGUUAGUAAUAUAACAUGGAGAAGAAGUCGGCAGCUCUUACGACAGUAUCUGCAGGAAAUAGGUUACACUGAUACAAUCAUUGAUGUUCGCUCAAACAGGGUUCGGUCUCUUCUUGGUCUGAAUAAUAAUACUGAGUCGGAUGAAGUGAACACUCCCGCUCUUAAUGGAAAUGAACCAUCGUGUAAGCGAACGGGUGAAAGAUUAAUAUCAGCAAAAAAGGUAGAGCAUCAACCGACGUCUAUUGCUGAAGCAAUGAUACUCGAUACUGAAGCUGCUAUUUUGGCAAACUUCAACUUUCUUGUCAAUCAACAUGAUGACCGACAAGAUAUGGAGGAAGACGAAGAUGAUGUUGAGGAUGAAUUAUACGAUUCAAAGCCAGACUGCAAACAAAAUAAGACAUCUUUGUUGCUUGGAGAGGACGUUGAUGCAGAAGCAGAGGAAGUAUUAAAUGAAUUGAAUUUACUUACCGAGCAUGAAGAAUCUAUCAUUCACGUCGACAUUGAUCCUUCUGAAUGGAGUGCUGUACGCAGAGGUUUACAACCUGACCCACGACGACCUUGUGAAGAAAGUGAUUCUGCUUUGGGUCUUGGGGAAUUAGCACAAUUAACCGUCAAUAAUGACGCAGAAGCUGCAUAUGACAUGACGACAAGUACCGAGGAGGCUUUCCGAAAAACAUGGAAUGCUAAGUAUACUCUGCGGUCACACUUUGAUGGUGUUCGAGCCCUAGUUUUUCACCCUACAGAUCCCGUUUUGAUUACUGGAAGUGAUGAUCAUACAUUAAAACUCUGGAAUCUUCAUAAAACUGUUCCAGCAAAAAAAUCCGCGUCCUUGGAUGUAGAACCACUCUACACGUUUAGGUCACACACUGGUCCUGUUCUAUGCUUGGCUAUGUGCAGUACUGGAAGUCGUUGCUACAGCGGAGGAUUGGAUGGAAUGAUUCACUGUUGGAUGCUUCCAUCUUCCAAUAUAGAUCCAUAUGAUUCGUACGACCCUAGUGUUCUGAGCGAUACUCUGGCUGGACAUGGUGACGCAGUUUGGGGAUUAAGCAUGUAUCAUCCACGAUCUCAAUUACUGUCUGCAAGUGCUGAUGGAACUGUAAAACUGUGGAGCCCACUAAAUAAGAUUCCUCUUCUUAAUACGUUUACAUCAGAGCAGGAUGGCAUUCCUACUUCCGUGGAUUUUGUAAGAGACGAACCUCAUAAAUUGGUUGUCGCUUAUGAAGAAGCUUGUGUUAUUUUUGACGCCGAAACUGCAACACCAGUUUGUAGGUUGGAAAAUAAUGGAACAAAAGGUGUAAAUUGCGUCGUAGCGCACCCUAUAUUACCAGUAAUCGUUGCGGCUCAUGAAGAUAGACACAUUCGCUUUUACGACCAUCGUUCUGCAACACUAGCACAUGCAAUGGUCGCACACUUAGACGCUGUCACUAGUCUCGCUGUCGAUCCACACGGACUGUAUCUUCUAUCUGGAAGUGAGUAA